UUAAGUGCAGCUGCAGUACCUUGUUCUGUGAUACCCAUCAGCAUCAUUCACUGUGCGAGUUUGGGUUUGUAACCAUGAUAUCAAGAUUGGUCUUUCUACUUUUCUGUGGACGUAUUGCACUAAACCUGGGAAAUGUUCAGAAAUUGCCAAGAGUUAAAGGACAAAACCUGAAAGUCCAGAUCAACGCAACUGAUGAUACUAUUUGCAUGAAAUACCUUCGGCUAAGUCCAGACACCAAACUCCAAGGCUUCAUCCUGGGAUAUGGAAGCAGCUUCUUCUCUAACCAGUAUAUCCCUUUGCCUUCAGAAGGAAAAUCCUAUGUAACGGAAGUUGAUGCCGAGCCAAGAUACUUGAUUACGGUGCGACCUGCACCCAUUCCAAAUCACAAGAAAACAUGCUCAGGUAAGACCAAGACUCAAAAGCCUCUCCAGCUGGUGAUUGGCACUUUGACCCCGACCUCUGUUUACCUGUCCUGGGGCAUCCUAGUCAAUCCACAGCAUGACUGGACUGCAAAGAGUAGCUGUGCUAAUGACAGAUUUUAUACAGUUCGCUACAGGGAAAAGGAUAAAAACAAGAACUGGGGUUUUCAGCUUUGUCCAACUACGGAGACAGUGGUGGAGAAUCUGAAGCCCAACACGCCUUAUGAAUUUGGAGUGAAAGACAACACAGAAGAUGGGAUUUGGAGCAAGAUUUUCAAUCAUAAAACCAUCCUAUUUACAGAUAAAAACAAAGAAAAUGGACAGCUCCAGAAUACCUACAAGGUCAUACCUAAUAUCCAAACACAGCUCAUACUACGAGAUGCUGCAAAACUUGUCCCUAUUACAAGAAUCAAAGAAGUAAUUCAAAAUGUCACACGUCGAAUGCUGCCUAAGACCACGAACAGGUCUUCCCUGCCAGGAGCAAUACUAGUGCACCUUAUCAUUCCAGGUCUCAAUGAAACACCACAACAGAAACUCCCUAAACCUGAGACACUGGGCAUAUCUGAAACACCAAAGAAAAUAUUGGUUACAAAUGAAACCCGAAUAUGGCCUGCUGAAUCCAAAACACCAGAAGUGCAAGAAAUCUCCCCAUGGGUCUUCCCAGCUACCACUGAAUCAGUUCAGGAAAGCAUUAAACCUACCAUGUCUGCUGCCUCAGAGAAAUCAGAGGCAUCUCCAGCUCACAGUAAAAAUGAACUGGAAUCCGCAGAAUCUAGCAUAGCACCUACGACUGAAUUACCAUUGAACACACUGGCUCACAGUGAAACUGACAGUGGACUUGAAGAAACAAAAUCAAUUCCUAAACCUGACCUGGCACAAACUCAAAACAUACUGGCUACCAAGAAACCAGCCCUGAAAUCUACAUCUUUUCCUUCCAUGAAAACCCCAGGGACAGUGAUGGCUUUUGAUGAAACACAGUUUGUUUCUUCAAGAUCCAAACCAUCUGGAGUCCCAGAAAAGCUACCAACCGAAUCUGUAACUAUUCAAACAACUCCAAAACCUGUUACAUGUGAAGCUAGUAAAGCAGAAGCUGCUUUUGAUGAUACUCAUCCUGUUUUUUCAAACCCCACAACAUCCAAUGAGCCUGAUAGAACAGAUCUCAAACCAGCAGCAACAAGUGAACCUACUCUGGAAUCUUUCUCACCUAAAACUUCUAGUCCUCUUGAAUGGCCAAGAGAAACAUUGGCUCCAAAUGAAGCACCACUUAUUCCUUCUAAACUGAAACCAUCUCCUCUUCCAGAAGUGCAGCAUGUGAAACCUGCACAAAAGCCACCACUUUUGGAGCAUAGUACACCUAAAGCUUCAAAGACUAUUGAAAGGCCAAAGACGACACUAGCUCCCUGGGAAACAAAGUUUGUUCCUUCUACACCUAAACCAUCUGCCAGACCCAAAAUGCCACGAACUAAACCUGCAGAAAAAGCAAUUCAUUUGGAAAGCAAUACACCUAAAUUUUCUAACCCCCUUGAACUGCCAAGGACAACACUAGCACCCAGUAAAACAAAACGAAUUCCUUCCAAACCUAAAGUCUCUCUCCAUCCAGAAGAACCCAAGACAAAACUGGCAGCAACCAGGAAACCUGUUCCGGUGCCAGUCACUAAUAAGAUUUCUUCUAUUACUGCUACUACUAAGACUCUUGAACAUCCGAAAUCUACAAUGGUUUCAUAUGAACCACAACACAUUCCUUCCAAACCUAAAGCAUCUGCCAGUGCCAUGCCAGAAAUGCCACAUAGCAAACCUGAAUCCAGUGAAAUACAUUUUACACCUUUGAAGCCCAAAUCAUCUACUGAACCUAAAAUGCCUCAAUCUAAACCUGCUCCAACUGAAAUACAGUUCAUUCCUUCCAAACCUAACACGUCCCCAGAGCCAGAACUACCACAUCCAAAACCUGUCCUGGAACACAUUACACUUAGAAUUGAACCACCAAGGUCAACAAUAGCUCCAAAAGAGACACGACGUGUUCCUUUGAAACCUAAAACAUCACCCAAACCUCAUGUGCCACAGACAAAACCUGCCCCGGAAGCAGCUACAUUUAGAACUCAACAACCAAAGACACCAUUAGCUCCAAAAGAGGCACGGCGUGUUCCUUCCAAACCUAAAACAUCACCGAGCCCAGAUGUGCCACCAACCAAACCUGCUCCAAAAGAGGUGCGGCGUGUGCCUUCCAAACCUAAAACAUCACCCAUCCCAGAUGUGCCACCAAUCAAACCUGCCGCGAAAGAGAAUCGACGUGUCCCAUCUAAACCAAAAACAUCACCCAGCCCAGACGUACCACAAACAAAAUCUGUUCCAAAAGAAACUCAGCGGGUUCCUUCCAAACUUAAAACAUCACCUAGUCCAGAUGUGCCACACACUAAACCUGCAGGAGUCAUUCGAUCCCUUCAAGAGCCAGUCACUGCUACAACUCCUCAUUCUCUUGAACGAGCAAAAGCAACACUGGCUUCAAGUGAAAAACCGUUCAUUCCUACUAAACCAAAAACAUCCAUCAAGCCAGGACCACAGACUAAAUCUGCAAUACAUCGAACAUCCCCGCAGCCACUCAUAACAAAACCUUCUGUCACCUCUAAACAGACAAAGGCAACGAUGGCUCCAAAAGAAACACGACUCAUUCCAUCCAAACCCAAAACAUCUAUCAGGCCAGAAGUACUGCAGACUAAACCUGUUCCAAAUGAAACAUACCAGAUUUCGUUCAAGCCCCAAACUGCUCUAACAACUGAAAAUCCACACUUGAAAACUGCCUCCUAUGUGAUUCAUACAGAAACCAUUAAACCUAAAAUAUCAAAACCAUUUGGCAAAACAGAGGCAACCCUGGCACCACAUAAAAUGCGUCUCACUUCUGCAAGACCCAAGAUCUUUGAUAAGCCACAGACCAGACCUGCACUAAACAAGACAACACCGGGACCUGGUAGAACAAAAACUGCUGGAGCGAUGAGAUGGGGUGGGACACCAACAGGUGACAAAGAAACAGUUCAGAAUUUUACCAACUUUCUCAUGGGCACAAAUAUAUCGCUAGAAUCCAAUAUUACAUGGAAAAAUCCAGAUUCCGUAGCUACAGCACCUGACCGUCGGCAUCCUCCCUUAGCUCCUGCCAAGCCCACACAGGUGCGAAGAAAACCGUUGCCUCCAAACACAGUGACUGGUAAACCAGGGAGUGCAGGAAUUGCCUUGAAGUCACGAGCUCCACCUUCUCCCAUGACUAUUGUAGCUAAAUCUACUGGACCAACCAUAUCUCUGAAGAUGGAAACACCAAGAAAGAAACCAACAGUUUCUGCUUCUCCUCCAGAAGACUAUGUUAAUACAACUGUCUUCAGCUCGAGUCCUACAUCAGAGACUGAUUCUCUGGGCAAACAACGGUUCACAGGCCCUCACGUCAAGUACAUACCAAAAAAUGACAGCGAGCCAUGUUCUAUUACGAGAACUCUCAAAUACUUCCAAGAAAAGACGAUCAGCAACACGGAAAAUGUUACUAGCCCUCCACGAAAUCCUCCUUCCAACCUCACUGUGGUGACAGUCGAGGGUUGUCCAAGCUUUGUCGUACUGAACUGGACAAAACCGGAAAAUGACACCGUUACCUACUAUGUGGUUUUAUCAACUGUAAAUGGAACAUCUAAUGGAACGCAGACGAUCACAAUAACUACAAAGCAAACCCACUGUAUAGUGGAAAAUCUAGAACCUAACAAAAGUUAUGAAUUCCAGGUGAAAGGCGGCAACACUAAUGGUACAGGUCCAAGCACCUCUCCAGUCUCAUUUUCUACUGAAUCAGCGGACCCAAGAGUGAGCGAGCCAAUUUCAAUGGGAAAAGAUGCCAUCUGGACUGAAGUCCCAUUCAAUUCCAACUCCUAUUCAGAGUGCAAAGGGAAACAGUAUGUCAAGAGGACCUGGUACAAGAAGUUUGUAGGCGUGCAACUGUGUAACUCCCUGAGAUAUAAGAUUUACCUCAGUGAUUCACUUACAGGACAAUUUUACGACAUAGGAGAUGAGAGGGGACAUGGGGAAGAUCAUUGUCAAUUUGUGGACUCAUUUUUAGAUGGACGGACAGGGCAGAAAGUUUUCCCAGACCAGCUACCACCCAAAGAUGGCUUUUUCAGAGCAGUUCGCCAGGAACCUGUCAAGUUUGGAAAAAUAGGCGGAGGGACCCAUAUUGCCUAUGUUCAUUGGUACGAGUGUGGAACUUCAAUACCUGGUAAAUGGUAGCUGCUACAUGAACUUGAAAAUGAAAGAAUGUCUAUCGCUACCCUGCCCUUACCCCCAACAAGUUCAGAGAUGGAAAUGUUUAUGGUCUUCCUGUCAUUUAAACAUGUUUACCCAUGUAUAAAGUUUAUAAAACUCUAAUGACAAUACUGCAUUGUGUUUAAUAGCAUAGGCUGCUUACUAUAGUUACUCCAUUUUACCAAAAAGCAAGAUAAGCACAUGUCAUACGAUAAGGUCUGGGGAAGCUGGCUCCCUAUAUUGUGGGUAUCAAGGUACAGUUUAUAUGGUAUUUUAAAAGAUACAGUUUGUAUAUUAUUUAUCACAAUGUUGUAAUAAAUAUUUUGAGGGAGAGUUAUGGCAAAGCUGAUCGUGAAACUGCAGUAUACAUUUAAUUUUAGAUAUUCAGUCUGAUUGUUACUGAAAUAAAUAUAUAGGGUCCUAUGCUACCUGUCAAGGUAAUUCUGUGAAGUCUCUGGCAAUUUCUAAUUCAAUAAUUUAAGUACAUUGGGAAAGCUCUCAAACUGACUUUUGUACUUUAUAAAUACUCAGAUUGAAGAGCUUUUCCCCUUACAGCUAAAUAGAUAAUUUGUGCUCUUGCCAAAAUUGGAAGAAAGCUUGUUCUAUUUUAAUGCUUUAGCACCAAGAAAGCAAGUCUAAUUUUUUUAAAAAUUCAAACAUAGCUUCAAAUCUCUGACAGAAGUGUAGAUUCUGUCACCAAGAAACUCAAUAUUCGAAACACAUCCUAUAAUUUUAACCACAUGACCAGGCAGUGUCCCUAAACACAGUUGCUACUUAAAAUAGAACCUGGUUAGCUUUGGUACUCCUCCAUGCCAAAUUGAUGAAUAGUAUUUUUACUUAUUCAGGUAGGCAUUGUGCACGGGGAACAGAAGUCAAAUAUGCCUCUACUGCAGUGGGUUUUCUGAAGUUUUGAUGAACUACUUUGCAGGCCAAAUGUAUAGCACCACAGAAUUUAAUGAGGUGUAGGAGGAUAUGCUCGAAAUACCAGUCUUUACAGCACAAUCCGGUUUGCUUUAGUGAAAAAACGAGAGCGGUUGUUAGUGUGGGACAAGGGACAAAGUAGAAUGAAAUUUAAUUUUUUCAAAAUUACUUUUUUAUAGUACUUCCAUUAAAAAUCUACUUAUCCUUUCUUCCCUUCCCAAAAUACUAGAUGUUGUAUUGCUUGAACAUUUAUGAACUAAAUAAAGAGGUUUUUUUUUU